GCAGACAGACAGUGUGUGGAGACCCGGGGAGAGUGGGAGGAGGAAGCGCCAUUACGUCUAUGGGUUCUAUGAAGGGAGAUUGUCCUCUUCUGAAACUAUGCAUUGUUACAGCACUUGAUGAGGAAUGUGAUGAUAGCUACAUAACAAAAGAGGAUGGGUUUGGUACGGCGUUUGCUAGUGUGGUUAGCCUGGUGUGCUGUUCUUACAGCAUCUUUGAAUCUUUUGAUGGUCAGCAGAAUCACAACAGACUCAUUCCGGAGCCAGCACCACCAUUCAAACCCUCUGCCAACCUCACCAGUGCCGAACUAUAAUAGGCGAAAGGAAAAGGUUUACCUGCAGGGGGAGGUGUAUGCAGUAAGGGAGAUACUUAACCCAGAAAAGUAUGAACUAAAUCGCACUGGGCUACAAAUGUUGUCCUCCUUAUAUAAACACCUUCCAGCAAUCAGGGUGCAAUAUUCAACCAUUUCUCCACAAGUAAUGGAUAUUGUUCAGAAGUUGAAAAGAGAUAUAACAAGGAGGGGAGUGACAGAUGACCCAUGGGACUUAGCAAGGAAGUGGGCCAAACCAAGGUCAUUGCUUCCAGAAUCAGCACCUGGAUUAGGAGAUGUUCUUGCUGCCCUUUCCACUGCUCCUAUCACAGCAGCUGAUAUUGGUUACAGAGGAACACAGCUCAAAGUGUCACUCAGGCUGAAAGGCGGCCAGAUUGUAGUUUUUAAACCAUUAAGAUAUUCUCGUGAUGAGCUCAUUGAAGGUAUUUAUUCAGGAUUUGAUCGGCACAAUGGAGAAAUUGCUGCAUUCCAUCUCAGUAGGCUUUUGGAUCUGCGGAUGGUACCCCUUACUACAGGUCGUAGUGUAUCUCUCAAAAGACAGAUACUACCUGUUUCAACCUGGAGACUCAGCAAAACAUUUAUCCAAGGGAGAGCGGGUCAGAUGUGCUUGUAUGGUGUUUGUCACUAUUGCCGAAAAAAUGAAUCAGUCUGCGAGAACUUCCACUCUCUAGAGGGCUCAGUGAUCAUGUGGCUGCCAAAGAAACUCCGACUCCUAGAAGAACCUCACCCAUGGAGACGCACAUAUGUAAAGAACAAGUUUGCAAAAUGGGAGAAAAAUGAAAGUUAUUGUGAAAGAGUGAUACAUAGUAAUCAGGCACCAAGACUGUUGCAUUUGGUGGAUGCAGCUGUAUUUGAUUUCUUGAUGCAGAAUGGAGACCGGCAUCACUAUGCUCGUGUUGCAGGUGCAAACGACUCUCCUGUCGUUUUAAUAGACAAUGGCAAGAGUUUUGGUGAUGCUGAUGUUGACCACAUGGAUGUUCUAGCUCCAUUGUUGCAAUGCUGCAGGUUACACCAAACAACAUAUGAAAGGCUGGUUCUCCUGAGUGGUGGUGGAAUGUCACAAGCCAUGAAGGAACUCCUGGCCCUUGACCCAAUUGCUCCUGUGCUUGCUGAGGCCCAUCUCCGUGCCAUGGACCGACGUGUCAUACACAUCCUGGCUGCUCUUAAUGCUUGCCGGGAGAGGAAAGGUGGAUGGCAUAAUGUCCUUUUCUGAAAGUCUCAUAAUGUUUAUGUUUGUGGAAUGAUGCAUACAGAUUGUGAAAUUCCUAUAAAUUUGUAUUAUCACAUAUUUCAUGAAUAUAUGUAUUAUCAGGCAUAUAUACAUAUGCCUGUAUGUUAUUUUUAUCUGACAUUUACUUUAUUGUGAUAGCUUUUCAAUAGUAUUCUAUUCUUUUUGUUUUAAUAACUUCAGAGUAUAUUUUUGAUAACACAGAUGUAAGAUAUAUAUAAAUUAUAAUGUGUAUUGGUAGUGAUGUUCAUCAUGGAACUUCCAUUCAGUGAAUAAGUUCAAGAGUACAGUCCUGCCAAAGUUCUUCUGCAACUGUCAUAUAUAACAGACAGUGUUGUAAUAUCAACUUUAUAGAUCUGAGGGAAAUCUGAGAAAAUAUUCAAGACGGUUGUGAGUUAUAUCUGAGUCAAAGUUAUAAAUAGUAUUACAUAAAUCUACUGUCAUUUAUGUGUAACUGAGUGAUUUGAAGAUGCCAUUUGUUACUAGUAAACCCAUGGCCGAGUUUAAGUCCAGGGGCGGGAUUUACUAAACUCUCUCAGAAACACUGCCUCUCAUAACAGUUAUGAUAAGUAUGAGGUGGGUUGCUAUGGUAAGUGUUACGAGUGGUUUCAGUUUCCUGCAAAUGUCUCUUGUAUGGAGAUGUGUUUACAACCUUGGAAGUGUUUUGAAAAUAUGCUCAUUGCGAGAAACAAGAGUAGCUUCAUUUAUGAUGUAAACAAACCUCAUACAUUCUAAUAGGUAUUAGUAAAUCCAGCCCCGGUUGAGUUAGGAUUUUUUUACAUAGAUUUCAUUCUGUGUUAUCUGUUACUUGGUCUUUUAUUUUAAGAACAUGCUAUUGUUGCUGAUUGUGUUCAUUUUCCCCCCAAGUGUGCACUUUCAUAUUUUGGUUCAUCUUUUGGGCUGUGAAUUCUUGACUUUUUUUCUUAUACUUUUUCUGUUUAUUCAGCGAUGCAAUUCUGUUAUCGUACUACUUGAUUUUUUUCUGGAUUAAUUGAAGUACUCACAGAUCUAGCUCUUUGGAUGUGGGGUCUCUAAACUUAACGUGAUUUUCUUUUUUGUCUGAGAAAAGUUAUUUUUGCAAAGUUCUCUUGUAAGAUAGAACAUGUAGUCUCAUGUUCUAAGUCAGUUUACUUUGUCUCUCUAAACUGAAAGUUUCUGAUGGCAGCAUUUAAUACCUUGUGAAAGAUUGAUGUUAGGGCCCUUGCAUAUUUAGCUUUUUUUAAUGAAUGUCUGUUCUCAUUUCUCUGUUACUACAUAUAAGGAUUUCAAUUAUUUUCUCUUCAUGUAUGUUCAUUAAUUUGUUAUUAACUCAUUGGUUCUAGGUGUGACAUGUACAUACAUGCCAUGUCCACUGUGACUUAAGCUUAUUAAUUGUGUUUACAAUUAAAUGGCUCCACAAAUGCUUAGUUACUAAGGAGUCAAUUAUUAGUCACACAUAUCUCGCCUAAAUAUCCUUUUUUUGAUUUCUGGAAAUGUUCUUUUUAGUCUUUAUUACUGCUAGUAUUUUUAUUAACAUCAUAUAAUCAUAAAGUAAAUAGAAGAAAAAUCCUGAAAAGUCAAGGAAAGGGAAACUCAGGUGAGGUCACAGAGGCUUACUAAUUGAGGCCUAGGGAGCUGAGCACUUGUGGAUCCGUCUAUGUGUAAACAAAAUCACUUCUUAAUCACUGAAUCUAAUCAUGAUCCAAUCCAUGGAUCUCACUUGGAGCAAGGGCAUCUUACUGUAUAACAUAAAGUCCUUUGAUAGAUAAACUUCUCUGGGAGGUAGGAAGUUUACAUAACUUCAGUUUGUUUAACCCCAUGCCCCCAGGUGGCAUUUACAUACAUGCCAAGGCUGUUGUGGACAAAGUAGCAGCUGGCAUCAUGUCACGACCAUUCCUACAUCAUUGGCUCAUUGGACAGAAAUUGUUUUUCUCCAAUAGUAGUGGCACCAUUUCUAUGGUAAAACUUUUAGGCAAAAGCACCUGAAGUGAAAGUAAACCACAUUUUUUUUGUUUUAAGAUAUCAAAAGAUAAGGUUUUAGCUAAUGUUGCCCCCAAACUACAGAAUGAGCCAGGCAUGUCAAUAUCCAUUUGCCAAUUUUUUUUUACCCGGGAUUAACCCAAUAUUGACGGGAAAAUGGUGCAUUCCCUUUGGCAAUGCUUGGUUAAAUGUUUCUGCACAUAGAUGGCUUUGCCAAUGUUUAGCUGCAAAGGAGUUAAUUAAUAGAUCUUGGGACCUCAUUUUUCCUUGAAAAAGUGGGAAAACACUUUUUUUACUAAUGCUAUCAAUAUUAACACUUAUUUUUGUUAUGAACAUUAUAAUUACUAUUUUGGUACUGACAAUCUUAACAGCAGUA